AUGACCAUGACCCUGGACUCGGCACAGCAAAGGUUCGGGCCCACGAUGAACCUCGACUACGCACAUCACCACAGCCAUGCGCCGGCUUUCUCGAAUCCGUGGUCUUCCUCCAUCUCCGCCUCUCACCCACCACCGAGCAGCAGCAGCCCAUUCGUUGGUAGCCAGCAGCAACCACCACCUCUCAACCCAAACAUGAUGGCCGGCAAGCCUCCAGCGCCUCGGCCAACCACAUAUGGCUCCCUACCUGUUGGCUCCUCCGCCGACAUGAUGAGCAUGAACCGAUUGCCACCCACCUCAACUCACUAUGGCACGGAAACCAGCUAUGCCUCUUCAGCCUCCCCAGUGCAUGGCAGCCAUUUCACGCCGACGGCUGCUCAGUACGAGGCCAUGGGAUACACCCCCACCGGUGUGCGUUCCUCCUUUGGCAUGGUAGGCGAGGCGGAUCGCAAAUAUCCCAGCACAAGCCUUCAACAGCAGCACGAUCAUGAGCGUCGUGGCUUCGCCGAUGCUCUCGAUGCCAGCCACGGCAUGCUUGCCAUGAGCCAAGAGACACCGAGAAACAUCUACGGUCCCGCUCGGAGCGACCGCUCGUCCGUUGACUCGUAUGGCUUUCCAUCCACACACUCGACCAGCUCUUCCAUCUCUUCCAGUGGCAACUUCAGUUCCUAUUACGGCGGUGACUCAGUGUCCGACUACUCAACUGCGGGUUCCGACAUGGAGUCGUCGAUGGGGUCGCGGACACUACCUCGUCCUCAGGGGUUGAUGGGUACGGGAAUGCCACCCGCUCCGCAAUCCAUGAUGGGCCAGUUCAGCUCCAAAGUAUCGUCGGGCACGCAGAAGAAGCACAAGUGCAAGGUCUGCGAGAAGCGUUUCACGAGGCCUAGCUCGCUGCAGACACACAUGUACAGCCACACCGGCGAGAAGCCAUUUGCCUGCGAGGUUGAGGGUUGUGGACGUCACUUCUCCGUUGUUUCAAACCUGCGCCGUCACCGCAAGGUUCAUCGGGGUGAGGCUCAGUCCGAGGUCGGAUCCGAGGAUCACCACUCAGAGUGA